UUAGCAGACAAGCCUUUUUUGAAUUGCCCUACUUCUCUAUUCAUUUUCAUUCAGCUAAUGUCAUUGAUCGUUUGAAGCUGAUUCCAUUCAGUAGGUGUGUACUGAGCACCUACUAUAUUUUUGGAGCCUUGAUGGAAAAUGCCCACUGGCUGUUUUCUGUUUCUGCCGAGUAGUUUAUUGUACAAACAAAUAACUUGUGGUCCCCAGGGUGCCCUUUUCACAGACCCCAGUGAUGAGCUUGGUUUAAAUCAAAGACUCCUUUGUCAAAUCAACAAUUAUAUCUAUUUUGUGCUUUGUGAUUUUAUGUGGUUUUCUUCAGGUGGCAGCUAACAGUCUUUCAACUCGAAGGGGUUGCUCAGUGGAAGGGCAGUUGGCUAAUAAGAGAAACCAUGGUUUGGGGUGGUGCCCUCCAGAGGCAGCAACCCCAACAAGGUAGAGUCAGUCUCACCCUGAAGCAAAGGGGCUAAUGGGCUCAGUGACCAUCAACACCUAGGGCUGAAACCCCCGGCCAGGAAGGGGUGGGUAGGGUAGUACUAGAAGUGUUAGGGAAGUGGGCAGGACAGUUUAGGAAUGCACAGUGAGGUGACUUCAGAGGGGACUCUUGCUGUCACCAUCCAUCCAUUCCCGAGUAGGUAUGGGUAGGAAAUACCACCAGGCUGCUAUAAUCUCUCAAAAGAACAAUGAAAUAGAGAAAUGGUUUAUGCAUGACUCAAUCUCUGUGAAGACUGUCUCACCACUGUAGCUACCAUAUUUUCAAAUCAAGAAUCAGUGUUGAGGUAAGCAAGCUCCCUUGAAGACAGAGGGACAGGCUGAACUCCGGGGUAUCUGGGGACUGAGCCAAGGGCAAAAAUGGCCAUAUACAGAGCCAACUGAAUAGAUAAAAGAGCCGUCACCUCUGCAUUGUGACUCCUGCCAAUGCGCCUCAUUAUGACCUGGAUCCCUCAGCUGGCAGGUGUCCCCGGAUCCUGGCAUGAGUGCAGUGUGGGUUGGGGCUGGUGGGGGGGGGGGGGUUGAGGCCCAGGUGGCCCUAGGACCCCCCCACCAUGAAAACCCAGCUCUGGUAUAACACCCUGGGGUGCUGCAAUCAAUACCAAGAAAGUCCCCAGGAUGCUGAGGACUUCCUACUCCUGCUGCUGGGCCUCAUCAUUCUUGUCAACAUUGGGGUCAACAUGGCAACUGCGAUGUGGUAUGGGCUCCAGAAUGCCUUAGACAAGAUGAUCAUUUGGAUUAAUCAGAAAAGUAAAAUCUUGCAGGCUUGUGAAAGUUCCCCCAAAGACACCCCAGCCAAGGUCCAAGAUGUCCACAUUCACUGCACCCUGGACCCUGUAGAAGUGAAGAUGACCCCGCCCACUUGCUACUCCUCUUCCUCCUACCACAAUUUCCGCAACCGCAGUGGCCAGCGCCCACACCGUAAUCAGCACCGCCGCUCCCCCAGCAGCCACCGGCAGAAUCCAAAGAACCGCAGACAAUUCCCCAACAAUCGCUCAGUCUUCCAUAGCCCACAUCACAGCCACAAGAUAUCACGGCUGCGACCAAUGCCCUCUUUUGAUCAGGAGGACCUGGACUCCUUCCUGGAGGAGGAAGAGGACAAGCUAUCCUUUCCACAUCCCAAGUGCCCCCAGCGGGGCUGGGGAGGGCUCUACCAGCAAAAGGCAGUGCCCUCCAACUUGGGGUUGUGGGGUCGCCAGGGUGGGAUCCUGGCCAGCUUGCCACCACCCUCUCUCUACCUGUCAUCUGAGCUGCGCCGCAUGCCCAAGCGUGUGGAGGCUAAGUCGGAGUUGAGGCUGCAGUCCUACAGGCCGCACUAUUCACAGUCCCGCAUCUGGAACAAUAUGGAGGCUGAGCAGUGGACCUGGUCUCCACCACCUCCCCACCGGCUGCCCCCUAACCCCACCUGGGUCCCUGGGGGACACAGCCCUUACCCCUCCAAGGGCCAGCUACUAUAUGAUUCCUGGGAUCAGCGACGGCGUGGUCUGGAGAGCUCUGAGCCUCCAUCUGCCCUGGUGUCCCGGAGCUCCAGGCCUGAGGCCCGGGAGCACUAUGCCCCACAGUCCCACCGGCAGAGCCUCCCUGGCCAUGCUUAUAGCCAGCCCACCCGCAGUCCCCACCCAUCCACAGGACACCUGACCUGUACCUCCCGGGAUCCCCAUGAGGUACGCCGCCGGGUGACCGAAUGGGCUGAGGUGAUGCCCACUCAGCACCCUCUGACUACAUCCACCUCCCUCACUGUAUUGGGUGAAGUCUCAUACCAACGGGCCCUGACUCCCAGCUCAGCCCUGCUCCCCCACUCCUCCCAGCCCCUACCUGAAGUCCAGGGUACUGAGCCCACCCCACCCCCACACACCUUCAUGCCACUCAGCCGGAGCCCAGGGGGCAAUGCCAACUACCAGGUGUAUGACAGCCUGGAGCUGAAGCGGCAAGUGCAGGAGAACAGAGCACGGGCCAACUCACUGCCACCACCUUCCGGCUCAGCCUCAAGGCCCUCUUUGCACAGGAGCCGGACGGGAAAACUUCACUAA